UUGGCUGCUGUUCAGUUGCUUAUCGAGAUCCCCGGAUGGAGACAUCUGAUGCAGGGAUGCCCACAGCACAAGGGGGUGUGGAGCACCGCGGGGAUGGCACCCCAGCACCAACGCCACCAGCAGGAGCAGCAGCAGCAGGAGAGACGGAUUCCCGGCGAAGGUCAAAGCACAAGCACACGCCAAACAGAGGGGACGAUGGCCGGGGCAAGAGGCCGCGGAAGGGCGACGCCAAGCGCGAGCGAAAGAAGAAGGCCCUGGCGCACGCCGCCGAGAAGUGCGAGUACUACGUGGACGAUCACGGCCUUCGAAGGGUACGGCCGUACAUCUAUGACUUCCAGACGCAUGCCAAGGAACGCUGGCUCGGCCGGACGGUCGUCGACGUCUUCAGCGCCGAGUUCGGCGGCGAAGCGCGCAGCCACUACGAGAACGCCGUUCGCGGCGGGCUCCUGACGGUGAAUGGGAACAAGGUCGGGGUGGACUACGAGCUCCAAAACUCAGACCUGAUCUGCAACAAGACGCAUCGCCACGAGCCUCCCGUUUGCGGCGGCGACAUCCCUAUCGUCAGCGAAUCGGCGGAAGAGCUCGUAGUGGACAAGCCUUGCACGGUGCCGAUCCAUCCUUGCGGCUCCUACAGGUUCAACACGCUGUUCUACAUCAUGCACCGCCAACGGCCGGAUCUGACGCUUCGAGUGUGCCACCGGCUCGACCGCCUAACGUCCGGGCUUACCAUCUUUGCUAAGACGGCGGAGAGAGCCGGCGUGAUUCAGAAGCAGAUCGGUUCGGGCCGAACGCGCAAGACCUACCUCGCUCGCGUCUCCGGAGAUUUCGGCCAACGAUUGCCGCUCGACCGCCGGAAGCAAGGUUCCCCCUCUUCCUCGGCAGCCGCCGCCGCCGCCGCCGCCUCCGCCCGGGCAGGGGGCGGGGGCGACACAUCCCUGUCCCCGCCUGAAGGAACAGCCGGCACGCCGCCGAAGGAGGGUGGAAACCCCUCGGCGGGGGGGGGCACAGGGGGCGAGAGGGAAACACCCCCUGUUGUGUCGUCGGGAGGCGGCGGGCCGGCGACAGACGAGCUGUGGUGGAGGUAUGAGUCCCUCGGGGAAGGGGUCGUCAAGGGUCGACUGCGAAGCAGUGGCGCUAUCAGCGGAGAGGAGGGGGGGCUCGCAGAGAGCAGCGCUUCGUCGGGGGGGGUUGGGAGCGGUGGUGCCGGAGGGGAGAAGGAGGGGGUGACGGUGCGGGUGAACUGUCCGAUAAGGGUGCUGGACCCGAAGCAUGGAGUGUACGAGUGCCACCCGUCGGGGAAGGAGGCGCAAACGGUUGUCCGUAAGGUGGGGUACGACACCGCGAGCGAUACGUCCGUGGUCGAGUGCACGCCGGUUCACGGAAGAACUCACCAGAUCCGACUUCACCUGCAGUGGGCAGGCCACCCGAUAGCCAACGACCCUUGCUACGGCGGCGAGCUUCACUUCGGGAACCCGGAAGCGAAACGCCGAGCGGAGGAAAACCCCGACCUGGAGGGGGGAUGGAAGGGAGUACCCGGCAGUAAUAGUACUGCUGCUGCCGGCCGGGGUUCGAUGGGAGAGAACGAAGCCCGCCAACCUCGAACAUCAGAAGCGGCGGAUGGGGCCGGCAUGGAGGUGGAUGGGGAUUCCGGCGAUUGGGCAGUGGAAGGCGACGGGGGUAGAGGCGGCGGAGGUGCUCCGGAUGCCGUCGUUGGUGCUCCGGAUGCGGGCAUCGCUGGCGCGUCUGUGGAGGAAGCGGCGGUGGGUGGGGUAGUAUCGUCUGGGGAUGGCGUGGAGGGGCAGCGAGAGGGCGAGGACGACGAGAAGUUUAUGGGGCCGGAUUGGGCUUUCGAGACCAAGAUGCCAUCGUGGGCGACCAUCUGA